GAUUGACACUUGACCCCAAAUAAAUUUUCUUUGUAACUCAAGUUCGAUAAUUGACAUUCAAUAUUUUAGUUCUAGAAUGCAUUUCAUGAAUUUAUUCAUUUUCUGUGUGUCCUUUCUUCAGGUGAUUAGCAAAGACAGUUUUAACUUCUCUGAAAUUAAUGGCAAACGAAGAAACGUCCUCGUGUUUAUUGCCGAUGAUGGGGGAUUUGAAAUGCAAGCGUACAACAACACUGUAUGCAAAACACCAAAUUUAAAUAAAUUGGCUGAAAGAAGUGUUGUUUUUGAUCAAGCAUUUACGUCAGUGAGCAGCUGUUCUCCGAGUCGUUCAACCAUCUUAACAGGUUUGCCACAACAUCAGAAUGGGAUGUAUGGUUUGCAUCAUCAGGUGCAUCAUUUCAAUUCAUUUGAUGCUGUGAAAAGUCUUCCAAAACUUCUUCAAAAUAAUGGCAUAAGAACUGGUAUUAUUGGAAAGAAACAUGUUGGACCGGAAUACGUGUAUCCAUUUGAAUAUGAGUUCACUGAGGAGCAAUAUCCUAUGUUGCAAGUUGGUCGCAACAUAACUUUUAUGAAGUUACUGGCCAGGAAUUUCUUUGAACAAUCGCAACAAGAUAAUCGCUCUUUCUUUCUCUACAUUGGCUUUCACGAUCCUCACAGAUGUGGGAGCACAAAUCCACAAUAUGGCCAAUUCUGCGAGAAAUUUGGAAACGGUGAACCCGGUAUGGGAUACAUAGAAGACUGGAAACCAAUCCAUUAUGACCCGUCAGAUGUGUUUGUUCCAUACUUUGUUCAAGAUACGAUAGUGGCUAGAAACGAUUUAGCUGCACAAUACACAACUAUCAGCAGGUUGGAUCAAGGCGUUGGAUUAAUACUGGAUGAACUAAAACAGGCUGGUUUUGAGGAUUCCACUAUGGUUUUAUAUAGCUCUGAUAACGGAAUACCUUUUCCACUUGGUCGCACAAACCUUUACGAACCAGGAAUGAAGGAGCCAUUUUUUAUUUCAUCUCCAUUUCACCGUGAAAAAUGGAACACAAGAAGUGACGCGUUAAUCAGUCUCUUGGAUAUAACUCCAACUGUCUUGGAUUGGUUUAAGGUAACCUAUCCUAAAUACAAGAUAUUUGGUCCAAAUAUGGUGAGCCUCUCCGGUAAAUCAUUGCUACCAUUAAUUCAAGAAAGUAAACCAGACACGACGAAAAUACACGAUGAAAUUUUUGCAAGCCACAAUUUGCACGAAGUGACCAUGUAUUAUCCAUCAAGAGUCGUAAGAACAAAACGGUUUAAAUUAAUUCACAAUUUAAACUUUCUGAUGCCAUUUCCUAUUGAUGAAGAUUUCUUCAUCUCGAAUACAUUUCAAGACAUUCUUAAUCGAACCCGUAAACGCAAAGAAACGCAUUGGUUCAUAAGUUUACACGAUUAUUAUUACCGUCCCCGUUGGCAGCUUUUCGAUUUGAUGGACGACCCGAAGGAACAAGUAAAUCUUGCCGAGAAUAAAGAUUUUCGAGAUGUAUUUUUAGGUUUGCGUCACGAUUUGAAUGAAUGGCAGAAUUUUACAUAUGAUCCUUGGAUAUGUGCUCCUGAUGGUGUUCUUCAAAACACUGGAAGAUAUUUACCUUCAGGAACUUGUCUACCAUUAUAUAAUAAUUUGGAAAAAGUUGUCAAGUAAUUGCAUGAGUUUACACAAUUCAUUUUGAAAUUACGUGCAAAAUAUUUUUACAAAAUAUAUAUCAAUACAAAUUAGCAUUGAGUACCAUUUAUUCCGCUAAGUUGAACAAUUACAAAACAGUGAUGUACCGAUUAUUCAUCGCUCAAAAUAAUUUUCUACAAUUCAAUCAGUUUAAAAAUUGAAUGUACAUAAUAAUUCAGUAAAUUCUACUGCAAUUAAAAAAUGGUACUUGGUAGUUGACUACAA